UACUAUUAUUAAACCAAAAACUCCGAAAGAGUGUUUCAUGAAUUUCCUGUACAUGAAUCUGAUCUCCCCAUCUCAUCUCCAUUUUAUCAAUCAACAUUCUCAGAUUUUCGUAUAUUCUUCAUGUCCUCGAUCCCGAUUUGAUUCUUCAGUUUCCUCAAUAGUUCACGCUUUUCAUUCGUACUAGCAAUACUUGUCGGAUCGAGCAGAUAUAGGGAAGAGGAAAAAAGGAAUCUGAAAUACGUUAGAUUUGAUUGUGAUUUGAGAGUGGGGACGAGAAAGAGAUGCGGUGGAUCAUCUUGUAAAAGUGUUGAUCUAAACAAGGACCUUAUCUGAUUGCUUCAAGGAUAAAAAUCGGAAGGAAAGCGUAAAGCGUCCACUGAAACUGAGUUGACUCGGGAAGAAAAGAAGACGACCCGCUUUUUUCUGUCACUGAGAUGGGGUGUCAAUGCUCUAAGCUAACUCCAUGUUGCUGGGAUUCACAGUUCAAAGCUGCAGUGUUAGAAGCCCCUGAUGUUGAGAACGAGAUUAGUGAGGUUGAUCAGUUGCCUACGUUCCGGGAAUUCACUUUAGAGCAACUCAAGAAUGCAACAUCUGGAUUUGCAGUCGAGAAUAUUGUUUCUGAGCAUGGGGAGAAGGCUCCCAAUGUUGUUUAUAGAGGGAAGUUAAAGAAUCAUAGGAGGAUCGCUGUUAAACGUUUCAAUAGAAUGGCCUGGCCAGAUUCAAGACAAUUUAUGGAGGAAGCAAGUGCAGUUGGUCAGCUACGCAACAAUAGAUUGGCGAAUUUGCUUGGCUUUUUUUGUGAAGGUGAUGAAAGGUUGCUUGUUGCAGAGUACAUGCCCAAUGAGACACUCGCAAAACACCUUUUUCAUUGGGAAUCACAACCAAUGAAAUGGGCCAUGCGAUUAAGGGUUGUAUUCUAUCUUGCACAAGCUUUAGAAUACUGCACAAACAAAGGGCGUGUGUUAUACCACGAUCUCAAUGCUUACAGGGUCCUAUUUGAUGAGGAUGGAAAUCCGAGACUUUCAACCUUUGGCUUGAUGAAAAACAGUAGAGAUGGAAAAAGUUACAGUACAAAUUUGGCUUUUACUCCUCCUGAAUAUUUGAGGACUGGAAGAGUAACACCAGAAAGUGUAAUAUAUAGCUUUGGUACUCUUCUGCUUGAUCUUCUCAGUGGAAAACAUAUACCUCCCAGCCAUGCACUUGACUUAAUACGAGACAGAAAUCUUAAGAUGUUGACUGAUUCCUGCUUGGAAGGGCAGUUUUCUGAUAAUGAUGGAACGGAGCUAGUUCGCUUGGCCUCUAGAUGUUUGCAAUAUGAACCUAGAGAGCGGCCAAAUCCUAAAUCUUUAGUCGUUGCUUUGACACCCCUUCAGAAGGAAACUGAGGUUCCUUCACAUGUAUUAAUGGGCAUUCCAAACAAUGUUUCCUUCACUCCUCUAUCUCCAGUUGGGGAGGCUUGCUCAAGAGGGGACUUGACUGCUAUACACGAGAUCUUAGAGAAUCUUGGCUACAAAGAUGACGAAGGAGUGGUAAAUGAGCUCUCCUUCCAAAUGUGGACUGACCAAAUGCAGGAAACUUUGAAUUCAAAGAAAAAGGGUGAUGCUGCUUUCAGGCAGAAAGAUUUUAAAGAAGUUAUUGAGUGCUACACUCAGUUUAUCGAUGUCGGUACCAUGGUUUCUCCAACUAUUUUUGCACGGCGUAGCUUGUGUUAUCUCAUUAAUGACAUGCCUCAAGAGGCCCUGAAUGAUGCCAUGCAAGCCCAAGUGAUUUCCCCAGUAUGGCACAUUGCUUCUUAUCUUCAGGCUACUGCACUUGCUGCUCUCAGGAUGGAGAAUGAGUCUCAAACAGCACUCAAGGAGGGCGCAAGUCUGGAAGCCAAAAGAAGCUCAGUGGCUGGGAAAAGGUAAACAGCUCUGUGUGAUAUUGUGAGUCUCCUAAUUGCAGUGCUUUGACGAUUGCCUGGCAUCAAUCUUGGGAGUCUGCAAUGACCGCGUAACCAAGUGUUCAUUCAUUCUGUGUAACUCAACCAUAGAAGAACAAUCAUUUUCCCCAGUUAAUGGCAAGAGAAAGUAUAGUCAUUGAUUUCUUUACCUUUUUUAUUAUUCUGGUUUUCCCCCCUUAGGAGUGUAUGUGAGAGUUCUUUCAUUCUUUGUUGGGUUUGAUCAAUUCUACUCGUUUAUGUAACGAAUUCUUCCUCGUCACAUUGAUCGGGAACCGGGAUACAUUUUAUUCCCUUGUGCUUA